CGCGCGCGCGCGCGCUCACUAGCUCGUUCCCGAAGAAGAGAGAGAGAGAGGGAGGGGCCAAAGGGAGGCCUGCGUGGCAGCCGAGGACCGAUAGAGCGACUUGCGGGCGAGCUCGCGUCCUCAACUGCUGUGCGGGCGAAGGAACGCGCGUGCGCGUGAGUAAGAGAACGAGUCGGUCACUCAGUGCGAGAGCGAAAACGAGUGGGGGUAGGAUUGGCAGCGGGAGCGCGCGAACGAGCACGAGCGGGUCGAAGUUGUGUCCGGGACUCCUUGCCCGCUUGGCUGCCUGCUUGCUUGAGGCACGGGGCCCGAGAAGCCGGGACACCUCCCUCCCAGAAGCAGCAGCUCGACGGGAAAUAGUGGCAUGUUACCAUGGAAGGACAACACAAUCAUCCACAUCAUCUAGGGGACCAGAAUAAUCCACUCUGCAAAGUGGCAAGUCAAGAAUACCAGCAUGAUACUCAGCAGAGGCACUUGACAUCAUAUCCAUAUCGCUGCACACUAGCAGAUUUUCAGAUAGAGAAAAAGAUUGGACGAGGGCAAUUCAGUGAAGUCUACAAAGCAACUUGCCUUCUGGACAGAAAACCAGUAGCACUGAAAAAAGUGCAGAUAUUUGAAAUGAUGGAUGCCAAGGCUAGACAAGAUUGCAUUAAAGAAAUAGACCUCUUGAAGCAAUUGAACCAUCCCAACAUAAUCAAGUAUCUGGAUUCGUUUAUUGAGGACAAUGAACUUAACAUUGUGUUGGAACUGGCAGAUGCAGGUGACCUCUCUCAGAUGAUUAAGUAUUUUAAAAAGCAGAAGCGGCUAAUCCCAGAAAGAACGGUUUGGAAAUACUUUGUGCAGUUGUGCAGUGCAGUUGAACACAUGCAUUCCCGCAGGGUGAUGCACAGAGACAUAAAACCAGCCAAUGUGUUUAUAACAGCUACUGGAGUAGUGAAGCUGGGAGAUCUUGGACUGGGCCGCUUUUUUAGCUCCAAAACCACUGCAGCACAUUCCUUAGUGGGAACACCCUACUAUAUGUCCCCAGAAAGAAUUCAUGAAAAUGGCUAUAACUUUAAAUCAGAUAUCUGGUCUUUGGGCUGUUUAUUAUAUGAGAUGGCAGCUCUUCAGAGUCCCUUCUAUGGUGAUAAAAUGAACUUGUUUUCUCUCUGCCAAAAGAUAGAGCAAUGCGAUUACCCACCUCUUCCAGCUGAACAUUAUUCUGAAAAGUUGCGGGAGCUGGUCAGCAUGUGCAUAUACCCAGAUCCUGAUCAAAGACCUGACAUUGGUUAUGUGCAUCAGCUAGCAAAACAGAUGCAUGUUUGGACCUCCAGCACUUGAAGUCAGCAAAUGUGCUCCACGAAAAGCCAGCCCAGCUUAGUCUUACUUGAACCUUCUGUCUCAGAAUGAAACCAAGAGGUGCCUCACCAAAGUCAAGCGGGAGAGUUGAGCCUUCAUUGAAAGAUGCUUCAUGAUUUCUGCAGGCCACUUGCAGGGGUUCUCACAGAGUGGAUAUGCUCUCAGUGAAGGCUGUGAGAUGCUGCUGCAGGUGUGUGUUAUUCUUUUUUAAAGCCAAUAACAUGUUACAGACGUAGAUAACUUAAGAUCCUUUCUUAAAACUGUUGUGUGUAAUCUAGGUUAGACUAAGAGCAAGGGUUUCUCAUUGUGCAUUUGACACACCCCUUGUAUUUUAACUAAUGUGAAAUAUUGAAAUAAUUCCUUUGGUGAAAUCACUUUAUACUAAUGUAAGAAUUUCAGUAGAAUUUGUGUAAUUUUGUAUAACUGCUACUUUGCCUCCUCUGCAAAUGGUUAAUAGCAAAUUCAGUUUCUAGUUCAUUUAUUUUUUAAAAGUAUCUGCCUGGAGUUUUUAUACUUUCCUUUCUUUGCAAAAAUGAAUAUGGAGAAAGGGAAACACCUCUAAAGGUUUUUUUUUUAAACUGAAACUUUAAAAUGGCUAUUAUGCAAUGCAUUUUAUUUAUUAAUGUGGCUGCAGCUGAGGAAGACUCCAGAUUCUGCCUCACACCAAAGCUUUUUUGUAAUUUUCCUUGCCUGUACUGGCAGAGAACUUGUGAGAAACUCAAUAGCCAUUCUUACAUGAAGACCAGUGUUACUGAAAGCAGAAGUGGGGGGAGGGGUUUGAGGGGAUACCUUUUUGUAAAAUCACUGGUAGUUCAGCAAUCCCACAACUACUUAAAGCAGUGUUUUUAAAGAAAAUUCAUUUUAACUCAAUAUCACAACACUUCUUAACUGUGAAAGCUCAUUUAUAAAUGUGAAUAUUUUAAACAAGCUGAUUUGAAGGAAAUUUGUUAAAUUUUUUUCACUUGCAUAUUUUUAAAUCAGCCAAAUUAAUACACUGUCCUUAAAAAUACAUCAUUUUGUAGAAAUGCCUAGUUAGGAAUAGGGCUGCACUCCGGAAUUUCUUAAAGACAAUAUUUAGAGUGUGACAUCAGAGUUCUUCAAGGACUGGAGUAUGGCCUCUAUAGGCUGAAUCGUCAAAGGAAAUCCUACUUUUCCUAAAUAUAAAAUGGCUAAAUGUACUUUCAGUGAGUUUCUGCAGCUCACUUCCUGCCUUUAUAGGGAAAAGGGCAAUGUCAACUGCUAAAUGGUUUUGAAGUAAUCCUCCAAUGUUAAUAUCAAUCUGUUUAAUUGCUGUGAAGUUGCAUGUAUUACAAAAGCCCACAGAAGUCCAACCUAUUGCUCUCUUCAGAGAGCCAGGAAAUUUUCAGCUCUGCAGAAGUUGUCUACCUGUAAUUCUGUGCUGAGCUGCUUACAAACUGGGGGGAGGGUCUUUUUUUCUUUAAAAGCAAGCAAAGAGUUUUUUGAUGUGUGAUACCGAAUAAGUCUCUGGCUGUUGGGAGUUUCAAACUAAAUAUCAGUCUGCUAACUCUGGUCUCUUUCUUGCUACUUAAGAUCUUUUAGCACUUAAGUAAAUGUUAUUUCCAAAGAAAAUUUUGCAACUGUGCAUUUUUAGAUGAGAUUUAAAUGAUUUACAAAAUAAACAGUUUUCUUUGUAAAAAUAAAA